CGCUGUUGCCUCGAGCCCUCCGGAAAAGGAGGAGAGACGGUGGAAAGGAGUGUACCUUGAUCUACAUGGUUACGAUCAUCCCCAUCGUGCAAAAGCUUCCCCCCGGUUUACGAUCCAGCGGGGACAGUUCCAAGCUGCUCGCUAAUCUUUGCCCUCUUUGUUUGGCGUCUUCGUGGGCGCCCGCUCGCCGCACCGUUACUUACCCGAAGCCCUCCACGGCAGCAUUGGCUACGGCGAUUGUUUCGUCCCGCCACACACGGCAUCGUUCCUGCGCUCCGCUCCACUCCACCUUGUUGUCAUCUACAUCCAGAUUCCCAGCGAUCUACAGGCUUGCCGAAACACGUGGAGGAGCAAGUGCCGGCGCGCAUACCUCUGUGACUCGGCUUGAAAGGCCUCUGCCCUCAGCCCGUUGCCGCGUGCUCUCGAGGCCCAGCGCAUGAAGAACACUGAUUGCGCAAUCGCAUCUGUCGCUCACCAUGAACGACAAUGCUGGCCAAGGGGCCAACAACUCGAGCGACUUUGUGCGCAAACUCUACAAGAUGCUCGAGAGUCCCCAAGAUGAAAGCGUGGUGAGAUGGGGCAACGAGGGCGACAGUUUUGUCGUGUUGGAGAACGAGAAAUUCACCAAGCACAUCCUGCCCAAGCAUUUCAAGCACAGCAAUUUCGCCUCCUUUGUGCGCCAGCUAAAUAAAUACGACUUUCACAAAGUCCGGCAUAAUAACGAGGAUGGCGGCGCCUCGCCAUACGGGCCCGGGGCAUGGGAGUUCCGGCAUCCGGACUUCAAGAUCAACAACAAAGAUGCCCUCGACAACAUUCGACGAAAAGCGCCGGCCCCGCGAAAGCCGAAUCAAGUCGUCGAAGAGCUGAUUCCCACGCAACAAAUCGACAUGGUCAACACACAAUUGGUGGCCACGCAACAGCAAUUACAAUCGCUGCAAGAGAGGUACAAUGAGCUGAGCAUGCACCACUCAAUGCUGCUGCAAGAGGUGAUUGGCGUGCAAAAGACGGUGGUGAACCAUGAACACGUCAUACAAUAUGUCAUGAACUUUCUCAACACCGUGGAUGCGCAGAGACGGAGGGAGAGUCGGGUGGUGAAUCCUUUUGCUCCGCCAACGAGCAGUGGUCCGAAUGGUGUUGCGACUACCGCGGCGGACACGGCGCCCCCGGCAGAGGAGGAUGCGCCAGCUUCCCCUCUUCAGGCCGCUUCCAAGCUUCUGAGCGAGGUCAAUGCGGACCACAUCCUCAACGUCCGAAAUCUCGAGCAGAUGAAUGAGCAGCAGAUGCGCUUCAAUGCCACACUUACCACUCCGCCCCCGGACGCUUCUGCUCGCGCUCACAACAGGACGGUGAGCCGGAAUGCGCAGCCCCACUCCGCCGGUUCCUCCACCGUGUCCUACAGCGAACUCGACAAUAUGGUGUAUCCCGUCGGACACACCCAAGGCAUCGAUCCCAUGUACAGCGAGCACAUCAACAACAUUCCCUAUCCGCUCCCCACCAAGACCACCGAUGGAACGACUGCCGCGGCGAAUGAUGGCCGGAAGAAAGGCGCGCCAGUGGAUCCCGGUUGGGUGCGGCAGCCUCAGGUUUUGCUUGUGGAGGACGAUCCUACUUGCAGACGAAUCGGUGGAAAGUUUUUGUAUGCGUUCAACUGUGCGGUCGACAGUGCGCUGGACGGACUGGAAGCGGUGAACAAGAUGAACGCCGGGUCGAAGUACGAUCUUGUCUUGAUGGACAUAAUCAUGCCGAAUCUGGACGGCGUAUCUGCCACCCAUUUGAUCCGACAGUUCGACAACACGCCCAUUGUCGCCAUGACUUCAAAUAUCCGAAGUGAUGACAUUUCAAUGUAUUUCCAGCAUGGCAUGAACGAUGUUCUUCCAAAGCCUUUCACAAAGGAAGGCCUCAUCACCAUGCUCGAUAAACACCUCUCGCAUCUCAAGAAGCACACGGCUGGUCUGAGCCCUAUGGAUCCACCCGCCGUCCCUCUGCCACCCGUCACCAAGCGCUCCAUGAAGAGCGAGGACUCACCCGCCACGUCACCCACCACAAACAGCAACUGGCAUUCGCCGAGCACUUUCUCGGGCAUCUCUCCCGCAGGAAACCAAGCAGACGACUCGGUGUAUUACGGGCAACAGGGAGGAUACGCGGCACAAGCAAUCCAACAUACCCCUCCUUUGUAUCAUUCGCCUUCAGGAGCACCACUAGGGACGCCACAGCGGCAACAACAAGGCGCGCGCAGAGGCAUAGCCGAUGUUUCGGGAGGCCCGGGGGAGAUGGGGGACGCAAAGCGACAGCAGAUGUACGCGCCGCCGCACAUGCAACCCAUGGGGAGGCCGCGAUGACGACCCGCGACGACUUCUGAGUUUUCUUAAUGUGUGUUUCGUUUCCGACGACCGACUGUAGAUGCCGAGAUGUGCAUUUGAGCUGGAGCGUGGGCGGAAUACUUUGCCGCUGCUGUGAUCUCGCCCCGUUGGCCGUCUAGGCGACGGGGGGAAGAACUGGUGUGUUGCAUGUAUCAGGUAGUCUCUUCCUUGACGAGGCCGAAAUGGUCUUUGAACGACUUGCCGUCGCAGAUAGAAGGAGGGCCCAAUAAUAAUAAUUCAUUCA